AUGUCAGAAAUCACAUCAAAUACACUGCAGAUUGAAUUUUUCAACAGCGAGGUUAUUACAUGGACUCGAUGGGUGAAGAGAUUCGAGGGCGCGUUUACACUAGCCAGCUGGGACCAGGGGCUGAAGGCCAAAGCCCUUUUACACUACAUUGGGAAUGCAGUUUACAAUACAUUGUGUGAUAAGUCUGGAGCUGACGAUCCCUAUACAAUGACAUACGAUGUUAUUUGUACUAAACUCAAAGAACUCUACGAACCAACUGUGCUUGAGAUAGCGGAGAGUUACAGAUUUUACACUCGUAAGCAGGAGCAAGGCGAGUCAGUUCAAGCUUAUGCAAAUGCAUUGAACAAACUAAGUGUUAACUGUGAUUUUAAGGAACAUGCUAAAAGAGCACUCAGAGAUCAGUUUGUUAUUGGCUUAGCUGAUAAGCGUACACAAAAUCGACUGUUAGAAACUAAGAAUCCGACAUUCGAAUCUGCUCUACAGACAGCAGUUUCAAUGGAGCUCACGUCAAAAGAAUUUUCUGCUAUGACUCAGAGUACAGUGACAGUUGAUUUAUUACAUAAGAAGUACAAAAAGAGAAAUAAUACAGGGUACAGUCAGCCCAAUAAGAAAUACAACAGCGAUGGCAAAAAUGAUAAGCCAAGUGGUGAUAAGCAAGUACAGUGCUACAGAUGUGGUGGGAGCCACUAUCCAAAAAACUGCAAGUUGUCUAGUAAAAUUAAGUGCAGAUUCUGUGGAAAACUAGGACAUGUUGAAAAGGUGUGCUUCAAGAAGAAAACGAACACUGAUGAGGUGAAUUAUCAGGGAGCGGCUAGUGAUUCAGAUAGUGACUGCGAGGAGUAUUGGCCUCUGUGUGUCCUGGAGGAGCUCAGCCCAAAUGCGGAUCAAGUUCACUCCGUUAAACACGCUUUGUCCGGAGGGAAAAUAUACUGCUUGGUGUCGGUCAACAGUGUCAAGGUGAAGUUCGAGGUGGAUACGGGAGCUGCUGUGACUAUCAUGAAUGCUGAUCAAGCCAAAAGGAUCCUGUCCGUAUCAAGUGCUUGUGUGAAAUUGUAUAAGUCUGAUUUACACUUAGUAUCAUAUUGCAAAACACCUAUUAAUGUUCUCGGUUAUGUUACUGUUGAUGUUGUUUUCAAAAAUUCAAAAUUUACACUUAAUUUGUAUGUUACAGAUGUACAGCGUGAUCCACUCUUGGGUCGAGAAUGGGUAAUGCAGUUUAUCAAAUGUGAGGGUGCGGAUGCAAUUUUCGAUUCAGUUUUGGCUGUGGAGGAAGCAGCAAAUGUUGAUGUUAAUGCGGAAGUUAAGCAACUUUUACACAAAUACAAAAAUGUCCUAAGUACAGAUAUGACAGAAAUUGAGGGUUUCAAGGCCAGUCUGACUUUGAGAGAAGGUGCAAAGGGAGUUUUCUUACGUGCCAGGCCCUUGCCGUUUGCAUUAAUUAAACCAGUUGAAGAUAAGUUGAAAGUUUUAAUUAAACAAGGGAUACUAGUCAGAGUAGACACUUCUAUUUGGGCAACCCCUAUUGUACCUAUUAUGAAGAAAGACGGGUCAAUACGUUUAUGUGGCGACUACAGUGUGUCCGUAAACCCCCAAUUAAUAAUUUGUGAGCAUCCGCUACCGACCAUUGAUGAAUUGCUAACCGAUUUGCCUAAUUGUAUCGCGUUCGCGAUUUUCGAUGUCAAAAACGCGUAUUUACAAGCUGGAGUUACGCCCGAAACAGCUGAAAUCCUAACACUAAAUACGUCACUUGGAUUGCUGCAACCUACUCGUUUAAUGUUUGGGGUUGCUUCAGCACCCGCAAUUCGGCAACAAUUCAUGGAUUCAAAACUUAAGCAUCUAAAAGGAGUUAAAGUUUUCCAAGAUGACAUUAGGAUAGCAGCUAAAUCAAUUACAGAAUUUUUACAAACCGUAGACAAAGUUUUAAAAUUUUUACAUGAUUGUAAUGUCAAAAUAAAUGUCGAAAAGUCUAAGUUUUAUGCGAAAAGUAUUAAGUACUGCGGAUAUGUGAUUGAUGGAGAUGGAGUUCAUAAAGAUAAAGCUAAGUUUGAUGCAAUUGUUAACAUGCCUAGGCCGACGAAUGUUACAGAGGUCAGAGCCUUUUGUGGCAUGAUAAAUUUUUACAGUAGAUUCAUCAAAGAUGCUAGUACAAUUUUACAUCCACUCAAUCAGUUACUGUGUAAUAAUAAUAAGUUCGAAUGGAAAGAACCGCAAGAAGUGGCUUUCCAGCGAGCUAAAGAAGCUUUUGUUAGUAAUAAAGUUUUACAGUUUUUUGAUCCUUCAGUACCACUGGUGCUUGCCACGGACGCGAGCCCGGCAGAGAGGUUCGUCCAGACAAUCAAGAAAGCCCUAGCAAAAAUCCCAGCGAAGUCUAACAUCCAAUAUGAAUUGCAAGAAAUCCUGACGCAGUACAGGAAUAUGCCGCAUGCUCAAACAGGCCUCUCCCCAGCGGAAAUGGUUUUCAAUCGAAAGAUAAGGGGAAGAUUGGAUCUGCUAAAACAAACACGAAGGAAGGAUUGCAAUAUCGACAAGGAUAGCAGAACUUUUAAAGAGGGGGAGAGAGUGAUAGCUCGUGAGUACGUUGGGAAAACUAAAUGGAAAUUCGGUACAGUUAAAAAAAGGACAGGAAAACUACACUAUAGGGUGCGCACCGAUUGUGGCCAAGAUUGGCGCAGACAUACAAAUCAGCUCAGGAGAACUGGAGUGCAGCUCGCAUUGCAUGUGAAUGAAUUUGACUAUUACAUUCCUCCAGAGGAGCGCAUACAAGUGUUGCGUACGGAUGAAAACGCGCCUCAGGCGCAUGAAGAGCAGCCUGAUAAUGUAGCAACCUACAGAGCAGUUGAAUCAGCCGAAGCGCAAGAUAACAUGACUGAGCUUGUACAGCUAGCUGCACCACCCGCAUUGCAGCGCAGAAACCUACUCCGGAAAAGGAGAAGGCCCGAGAAACUGCAUGACUAUAUUGUGGAUGUCAGCCCGGAUGAGGUCGAGGAUCCAGUGGAAGAUUUGCAUAGUUUUAAUAUAGAUUAA